AUGGAAGGAUUCCUAGACUUGGACGAGAUAGAGUCUCGUCCCGUCCAGGAGCCAAAACGAGACGGAAGAGCGCGAUGGACUGAGGACGAAAAUGUUUUAAUUAUGCGCGCUCAUUUUAUAGCGAAGACCCUAGAGCAGAUGUCAGAAAGAACAUAUAGACAACUUCUGACUGAAACAUGGAAUGAUAUCAAGCCAGGAAAACAGCUUUACACGAAUCUGCUGGCUAAUCGAGUGAGAUACCUGCUUGAAAAUGAAAAGCUUUCAAGUGUCGAACUAGCAGCGAUUGAACAGAGCAUAUGGCCACAGACAGCGCCACCAGCAGAAGAGCAUGAACAAGAGCUCAACCAACUGGAAGAACUGCAAGAAGAGCAACAGAAAGAGGACCAGGACGACCCACAAACCAGAAAAAUGAAGCGAAUCUUCGGCCGAAAUACACUACUAUACAGUGGUAUAAAUCCUGAAGCUCGGCUGAAGAUUCCUAGGAUGAAGGGAUCGCGCAUCAUGCUGGAGAAGGUGAGGAUGGUAGAUGCAAUUAUUAAAUCUCACAUCUCAAGCGCGACAACAUUGAGAGAUAUAGUGGACCUGGUAUACACGGGAGCGGCCACUGUAUGUGAGGGGAUGGGAAAGUGUCUAACGGAACCACACAGAAAACCAAAGAAAGAGCAGCCCCCAUGGAGAGCCCGCCUGGAAAGAAAAGUAUUAAAGAUUAGGAAAAACAUCGGAUUACUACAUUCUUACCUGAACACCGAGGUCGUAUCCAACAAAGUCCAUAAGGCAGUCCGUAGGAUAGCCUCUGAGGUCCGUAUAAACCUUAAAGCUUCUGACUCCCGGAUGAAGCUUGAAACCCUCAAUGAUCACCUGAAACAAAAAAUAAAAGCUCUAGGUAACUGUAUAAAACGCUACACUGAAAGUAAAAUGAGGUACGAGAAUAAUCAGCUGUACUAUAAAAAUCAAAAGCAAUUCUUUAGAAACCUGGAAAACAACAACAAUAGUGAUCAGGAACCUCCCAAAACAAAGGACAUGUACACCUACUGGCAGGCAAUAUGGGGUAACAACAAGCAACACGACGAUACGGCUCGUUGGAUCAGGGAGUCGGAGGCUGAAAGCUCCAGGUACAACAUGGAAGAGAUUGAGAUCACCAAACUGGAUAUUGAACAGGUGCUAAAAAAAACAAACAACUGGGCGGCACCCGGACCGGACAAGAUCCAGAAUUAUUGGUGGAAGCACUUCCCGAGCACCCAUCAAACCCUUGCUACCCUUUUUCAGAGAGCACUGACCAACCCAACUGUCAUCCCUGGUUUCUUCACAUUGGGCACCACCAUAAUGUUGCCAAAGGGAAACACAACAUCUGACCCAAAGAAUUUCAGACCAAUAACAUGCCUGCCCACCAUAUAUAAACUACUAACUGGUACCAUCACAAAAUAUAUAUGUGAAGAAAGAAAACAUCUUGGCACGCGAGCAGAAUGGCUGCUGAAAGCGUUUGACUCAGUGCCCCACACCUGGCUGCUGAAAACAUUGAGAUUGUACGGAAUAUCAGAUAAGGUGAUCAAUCUGCUUGAACAUCUCAUGAGCGCCCGAUGUACCACAUUAUUGAUCGAUAAUAGAGGUGAAAGCAGCAUGUCAAAGGAGAUAGCCAUCAAAUGCGGAAUUUUCCAGGGAGAUACUUUGAGCCCCCUCUGGUUUUGCCUGGCUCUGAAUCUCCUAAGUAAACUUCUCAACAAAAGCAAAUACGGAUAUAUCAUCAACAAGACCAGAAACUGCAAAAUAAACCACCAAUUAUACAUGGAUGAUCUCAAACUCUUUGCAGCCAAUAGAGAAGAGAUGAGAAGGUUACUGGAAAUAGUGUCAUCCUUCAGCCAGACGAUCGGCAUGGAGAUGGGACUGGACAAAUGCGCGGUCCUGGAUGUGAAGAGGGGCAGGGUUGCCGAGGGGCCUCAAGAAACUUACAAAUAUCUCGGCAUUCAACAAGCCCUUGACAUAAAAACGCCUGAAGUGAAAGAUAAUUUCAAGACUAAAUACUUUGCCAGGCUAAGGAGUCUUCUUAAAGCUAAGCUCAAUUCGAAGGCACUAUUUACAGCUAUUAAUAUAUGGGUCUUACCCUGCAUUACUUACUCAUUUGGAGUAGUACGCUGGACAGCCGCAGAACUGCAAGCAAUAGACAUCCAAACCAGAAAGCUCCUCACUAGGUAUGGAAUACAUCACCCCCAUUCCUCAGUGAAUAGAUUGUACAUCAGCAGACAUGAAGGUGGCAGAGGGCUCCAAAAUAUCCUCAUAACACACAACAAAAUUGUUUCACAGAUGAGAGAUUACUUCAGAUCAAGAAACUUACCGCUUUUUAAGAUCGUGUGCCAAGCAGAUGAGUACUCAGCCUUGCAGCUGGCAAAAUCCUCGGUGAAUCUCAGGGAACAAUCAUUGGAACAGCUUUCGGAGGAGUGGCACAGCAAAGCCCUCCAUGGCAGAUAUCCUGGAAAUUUAAAAUCUGAUAACAUAAUAAAAAAUGAGUCAUUAACUUACCUGAAAGCAGGAUACCUACACCCUGAAACCGAAGGAAGGCUUAUAGCAAUCCAGGACCAGGUAGUACCAACAAGAGCCUAUAUAAAGAGAAUAACUGGCCGCAACAUACCCUCCGACCUAUGCAGACGGUGCUCCAGAGCCCUGGAAACAAUUCAGCACAUCACAUCCUCGUGCCCUAUACUGGCCCCAAAAGAUUAUAUGGAACGCCACAACGCCAUGGCCAGAGUGUACCACAGGGAAAUCGCGACGAAAACAGGUCUACUGCAAAGUAAUGACGGUUUUUAUAGUUACCAACCACGAGAUAUAAUAGACGUGUCGGUUCCCGCUGACGACAACAUCACCAAAGCCUAUACGGAGAAGGUCAGUAAGUAUCACGACCUGGCCUUUGAACUGAAGGAGAUCUAUGGCCUCAGAAAGACAUCUAUAGUGCCACUAAUAAUAUCGGUGAACGGCUUGGUUGAGGCCCACAUGCUGGAAAAUACAAAGAGGCUGCAACUUGAUACUUACUUGAUUAGUCAAGCCCAAAAGCAAGUGAUUUUGGGCACUACGCGGAUAGUCAGGAAGUUCUUGGCCAGCUCCUGA